CAGGCAGUGCAGAGAGUGCUCUGCCAAAACUCCAUCCACCAACAUGGCAAAGUGCAUGGCCCCCUUUCUCCUACUUAUCCUCACCCUGGCAAGCUCAUCUCUGGCACGUCAAAAGCUCCUGGUGUUCUUGAUUGACGGACUUCGCCAUGAUUAUAUCAGCGAUGAAGCCCUCGAAUCCUUGCCUGGCUUCAAAGAGAUUGUCAACAGGGGAGUGAAAGUGGAUUAUCUAACGCCAGACUUUCCCAGUCUUUCCUAUCCAAACUAUUAUACGCUGAUGACCGGUCGCCACUGCGAGGUCCAUCAAAUGACUGGGAACUACAUGUGGGACCCAGCUACAAAUAAGUCUUUCGAUAUUGGUGUUAACGAAGAUAGCAUGUUGCCUCUUUGGUGGAAUGGAUCAGAGCCGUUGUGGGUGACUAUGAUGAAAACAAAGAGGAAAGUCUCUAUGUACUACUGGCCUGGUUGUGAAGUAGAAAUACUUGGAAUCAAACCUACGUACUGCCUACCAUAUUAUAGUGUUCCAACAGAUGACAAUUUCUCCAAUGCUGUAAAUAACGCUAUCGAGUCUUUGAGGAAUGGCACAGCAGAUAUGGCUGCAGUGUAUUAUGAACGGAUUGAUGUAGAAGGCCAUCAUUACGGCCCUUCAUCUAUUCAGAGGAAGAAUGCCUUAAAAGCUGUGGAUAACGUAUUACACAAUAUGACUAAGCUUAUCAAGGACAAGGGCCUGCAGAAUGACCUGAAUGUCAUUCUUUUCUCGGAUCAUGGGAUGACUGACAUUUACUGGAUGGAAAAAGUGAUUGAACUGAGAAACUGUAUCAACAUGAGUGAUGUUAUACAAGUAAAGGACCGAGGGCCGGUUGUAAGUCUGUGGCCAGCCAAAGAGAAGCAGCUUGAGGUGUAUAACAAGCUGAAAAAUGUGCCACACAUGACUGUUUACCUGAAAGAGGAUAUUCCUGCUAGAUUCUAUUAUAAAAAAGGGAAAUUUGUCUCUCCUUUGACACUUGUUGCUGAAGAAGGAUGGUUCAUAGUUGAGAGCAGAGAUACCCUUCCAUUUUGGGAGAACGGCACAGGAAAAAGAAAUGCCUGGCAAAAUGGAUGGCAUGGCUAUGAUAAUGAACUCAUGGAUAUGAGAGGAUUCUUCCUUGCAUACGGGCCAGAUUUCAAGUCUAACUUCAGAGCAGCACCAAUCAGAUCGGUUGACGUUUAUAACGUUAUGUGCAAAGUUGCAGGAAUACAGCCACUGCCAAACAAUGGAUCCUGGUCGAGAGUGGAGUGCAUGUUAAAAAAUAAUGCCAAUUUGGCACAAUCAUUCCAAUGGAGCAGCUCUGUGCUGGCACUAAUUCUGUUUGCAUUGUUUGUAUAACAGACCUUGUUACUCUGGUUCCCGAUACAAUGUCAGUCAGUGUGUCCAGUUUUCCUCCCCAUUCAUCAUUUGAAUAGCAGCAUUAAUAGAAUGCUGUGGGGAAAAGAUUGUACAAAUUCAUUUCUAAAAAGUUAAAGCCGGGUUUCAAGUGUUUAUGGGCCCUAAGAGACAAAACCUACAUGGGCACCUUCUGGGGGUGGUUAGAUGCAGCUAGUGCAUUACCAAAGACAGGAAGAGGAUACACUUUCAACGAUACCCCAUCUCUAGGUCCUAACAAUUUCCAAGCAUUUGACCCAAGCCAAUGCUCAAGGCCCACCAUCACUGAGCAACGAUGUCCACAUGAGGACUAGUGCUUCUCUCUGCAUCUCUUCACAGUCUUUCUGGAUUUGCAUUUAUCUAUACUUAGAUGAUGUAGAGAAAGCUCCAUAUGCCAUUCCCUACCCCUGUGCACAAAUCAUUUUUUCUAAGUCAGAAGUAGGCAGAUUGGUAUCCUCCAGAUAUCUUGAACUACAAGCCCCAUCCUCCCUCAACAUGGGCUGUGAUUGGUGAGUCUGAUGGGAGUUGUAGUCCAAAACAUCUGAAAUCUACCAGGGCUCCAACCUGUGUUCUAAACUAUUGAUUUUUAUUUGCUGACGGCCUUCCCUGGCAUGAAGACUUUGGCAUUUGGCAGUGUAACUGCAGACAUUUAAAUAGGGGGAAUCUCCUUGAUUUUACCAGAUGUUGCAAUGCCAUUCAAUUUCAAAUGUAUGUAAAAGGGAACCAGGUGCCCAUUUUCUAUACUGGCAUGGAAACUAGCCCACAUCAAUAUCAAAAGCCAUUUCCCCCUCUUUAUUUCUGUUCUAUGUUGAUACUGUAGAUGUAUAUGAUUUCAUAUAUAUCUUUAAUA